UCGUCUGCCCUUGCGCUGCACUGUAGUUGGAUGAAUCAGUCGACGUUGAACGGUCUUUGGGAAAGAACUGAGCCUUUGUAAUAGAACGCUAACUUUAGCUAGGCUGCUAGCUGCUUGUCAUAUUUAACGAUUCCGUUUGCCGAUGAGAAUUGUUCGAGUGCCAACGUUUUAUUCCCCGGCCUUAACAUAUUAAGAUCGGUUCAUGCUAACGUUUCUGUGAAGAGAGGCGAUCUCAACUUGGGAUAAAUGGCUACUGAGCUUGUCAUCAACUUGUGACUCUCUUAUUUAGUCACAUCGUGGUCCAACAACUGGACAAGCUAGCGCAGAAAUCGUUUUAUUUGUUGAUGUCUUAUAGCUACCACAACAACUAAGUAAUAUCCAUUUAAACUUGUCGUUUUGAAUUUGAUAAUAUGAACGAGGCACAGCUGGAUGGAUUGGGAUUUCUUCCUCAAAAGGACAUCGUAUACAACAAACUUCUGCCUUAUGCGGAUAGGCUCGAUGAAGAAUCUAAUGAUAUUUUGAGUAAAAUUAAGGGAAACUUGACCCGGGCUGUUCAGUUCAGAGAAAUAUGGCCCGGUGGGCUCUUUUGGACGAGGAAACUUUCCACGUAUUUACGACUAUACGGCCGGAAGUUCAGCAAAGAAGACCACGUGCUAUUUAUUAAAUUGCUCUAUGAGCUAGUUACCAUCCCUCGCCUAGAGAUCAGCAUGAUGCAAGGCCUGGCGCGUCUCCUCAUCAACCUGCUCAAGAAAAAAGAGCUUCUCUCAAGGGAGGACCUGGAAUUGCCUUGGAGACCUCUGUAUGAACUGCAUUACAGGAUCCUUUUCUCAAAGACGGAGCAUCUGGGACUCAAUUGGUUUCCCAAUUCUCCAAGGCCCCGUUCAUCCGCUAAACUCAUUAUGAUAAAAUUGAUUCAGAGGUGCUCCGUAGAAGGUGUGCUGAAGACACUAGUGAGAAACUGCAGGCCUUAUUUCCCAGAGUCAGCAACCCAGGAGAUGCUGGAUGAGUGGAGACCGCUAUUUUGUCCGUUUGACGUCACCAUGCAGAGAGCAGUCUGCUACUUUGAACUCUUUCUACCCACAACUCUACCACCGGAGCUGCACCAUAAGGGUUUUAAGUUGUGGUUUGAAGAGUUGAUCAACUUGUGGGUAUCCGUUCAGAAUCUUCCAAGUUGGGAAUUGAAUCUGGUGAAUCUCUUUGCUCGCUUGGCCAAAGACAAUAUCGGAUACAUUGACUGGGAUCCUUAUAUUCCGAAGAUAUUCACAAGAGUCCUGAGGAGCUUCAAUCUUCCCGUGGGAUCCAGCCAGAUGAUGUUCCCACGAUACUUGACCAAUGCCUACGAUAUCGGCCAUGUGGCGAUAUGGCUAGCAUGUCUUCUGGGUGGACCAAGUAAACAAGCUCAAGCCCAACUCACUGGCCUUUUCAACAGCAUCACAUCUUUCUUUCACCCAUCAAAUCAUGGCCGCUGGUUGAUGAAGCUCAUGAAGUUGCUGCAGCGUCUUCCUGCCAUUGUAGUUAGCCGGCUGCAUGCAGAGCGCUACAGAAAGCCGUCGUGGCUAACACCCGUCCCCAACACGCACAAGCUCACUGAGGACGAUAUCACGCAGUUUGUGGAGAGUAUGAUGCAGCUAGUUCUGCUGGCCAUGUUCAGCAAAACAGGCAGUCUUGAUGCCGCUCGGGCUCUGCAGAACCUCGCUUUGAUGAGGCCUGAGUUGGUCAUUCCUCCCGUUCUUGAGAGAACAUACCCCGCACUGGAAACUCUAACAGAGCCCCACCAGCUGACAGCCACCCUAAGUUGCAUGAUCGGUGUAGCACGGAGUUUAGUGUCUGGUGGGAAGUACCUUCCUGAGGGGCCUACUCACAUGUUGCCCCUACUCAUGAGGUCCUUGCCUGGAGUUGAUCCAAAUGACUUCAGCAAGUGCAUGAUCACCUUCCAGUUUAUUGCAACAUUUGUGACGCUUGUGCCUUUGGUGGACUGUUCGUCUGCUCAACAUGAAAGAACAGACCUGACAGAGGUGGAAAGGGAAAUGUGCUCAGCCUCUGCCGAAUUUGAAGACUUUGUGCUUCAAUUUAUGGACAGGUGCUUUGCUUUGAUCGACAGCAGCACACUCGAACAAACGCGUGAGGAAACAGAAACUGAGAAAAUGACCCACUUGGAGAGUUUGGUAGAGCUGGGCUUGUCUUCUACUUUCAGCACUAUCCUCACUCAGUGCUCUUUGGACAUCUUCAUGGUGGCUUUGGAAAAGGUUUUCAACUUUGCAACUACCAACAUUUUUGAGACUCGUGUAGCUGGAAGGAUGGUGGCGGACAUGUGCCGGGCUGCUGCCAAGUGUCACCCUGCAGAGUCUCUUAAAAUGUUUGUGCCUCACUGCUGCAGUCAAAUACAACAAAUUGCUGCCAAUGAGGAAGUGUUACAUGAAGAGGAACUUGACAAGGAGUUUUUAUGGAAUCUUCAGCUUCUGUCUGAGGUUACUCGAGUCGAUGGUCAGAAGCUCCUGGCCUAUUCCUCUGACUUGGUCCAGAUUUUGCAGUUGACACUUCACCUCAAGUGUAAGCAGGGAUACGUCCUAGCGUGCAACUUGCUGCAUCACAUCCUCCGCUCCACGGCCCUCAUCUAUCCGACGGAGUACUGCAGUGUGCCAAGUGGCUUCUGCCAACCAAUCAAAGACUACCUACCCAUCAAGGAUUGGGGUCGUCCAGGUGACUUGUGGAACUUGAACAUCCGGUGGCAUGUGCCCAGUGCUGAAGAGACCACCUUUACCUUUUAUUUACUGGACCUGAUCCUUAAGCCAGAACUGAAGAGGCUUCAAAGUUUUGUGGAAGGACAGCAAGAAAUGAGCAGGGAUGAUGUCCUACAGAGUCUCACUAUUAUUCAGCACUGCCUCUUGGGGGCUGGUGGUCUUAUGCCUCCUUUGAAGGGAGAACCUAUACCUGAAUUGGUCCAUAGUAUGGUGAAUCUAGAUGAAACCACUCUGUAUACUGGAACAGAGUAUGAUGAGACCAAAGAGAACUACAGAGUAUCAAUUUGUGAUGUGAUGAGACAGUUGCUUCAUUAUAUACUGGAACACUCUGAAGAUGACACAAAGUCUCUCUUCUCCAUCAUAAAGAUUAUCAGUGAUUUGCUGCACUUUAAAGGUUCCCACAAGCAUGAGUUUGACUCUCGCUGGAAGAGCUUCAACCUUGUGAAAAAAUCCAUGGAAAACAGGCUUAAUGGCAGAAAACAGCAUAUUAGAGCUCUGCUCAUAGAUAGAGUCAUGCUCCAGCAUGAAAUGCGCAAGCUGACGGUUGAAGGGUGCCAGUACCGGAGCAUUCACCAAGAGCUGAUGAGGGACCUCUUGCGGCUGUCCACAAGCACCUACAGCCAAGUACGUAGUAAAGCCCAAAGUGCAUUGUUCACUGCACUUGGCACAUACAAUUUCUGCUGUAGAGAUGUGAUCCCCCAUGUCCUUGAGUUUCUCAACCCCGACAACAGUAGCGUCACACAGCAGCAAUUCAAAGGUGCCUUGUAUUGUCUCCUCGGAAAUCACAGUGGCGUGUGCCUGGCCAAUUUGCAUGACUGGGAGUGCAUUGCCCUGACAUGGCCUGCUAUUGUUCGAUCUGGCCUCAGUUCGGCCAUGUCUUUGGAGAAGCCCUCCAUCGUGCGGCUUUUUGACGACCUUGCCGACAAAAUCCACCGACAGUAUGAGACCAUCGGCAUCGACUUCUCUAUUCCUGAAGAGAUCUGUGGUGUGGCUAAACAACUUAUGGUCACUGGAAAUCCCCUUCCUAAAGAGCCAGUUCCUUCAGAAGAAGAAACAUUAAGAGGUGUUAGGAAACAGGAAGACAAAAAUUUGGAGUCUGGCGAGAAGUACCAGCAACUCAUUGGUGAUUUAUUGAGUUGCCUUGACAACAGAAACUUGCCUUGGAAAUUUGAACAUAUCGCUAUUGGCUUCUUGUCAUUGCUCUUGAGAGAUGACCACCAACUCCCGCCAGCAGCUGUUUUGUUCUUCGUCAAAACCCUCAACCACGACUCCCUCUACGUCCGCAAGGUGGCGAUAUCAGCCGUGGCAGGCAUCAUGAAACAAAUAAAACGGCCUCAUAAAAAAGUCCCAGUCAGCCCAUCUGAGCUUUGCACACUAGAUGAGAUGAGUGGUAUAGUGGCCGGUGACCGCCCAGACAACAAGUGGCUGCAGUAUAAUAGCAAGAGCCUGCCAAGGACUCAGCAGGACUGGGAUCUCUGUGUCUUUGUAGAAAAGACUCAUUGGGGUUACUACAGUUGGCCAAGGAAACUGAUGAUGUAUGCUCCUGAGAAAGAGCAGCCCAAACAGAACCGAGCAAGAGAAGAAAUGACUGAGCCGGAGCAGAUCAUCUACGACCAUUUCUCAGACCCAGUAUUUAUCAAUCAGUUCAUUGAGUUUCUCUCUCUCGAGGAUCGAAAGGGCAAAGACAAAUUUAGUACGCGCAGAUUCUGUUUGUUCAAGGGUUUGUUCCGCAAUUUCGGUGAUACCUUCCUGCCUCUGCUGGAGCCUCACAUGGAGCGCUUGGUAGCAGACACCCAUGAGAGUAAGCAGCGUUGUGUUGCAGAGAUCAUAUCUGGCCUAAUCAGAGGAUGCAAACACUGGAGUUACUCCAAGGUUGAAAGCCUUUGGGAAGUGUUGUGUCCACUCAUUCGUACAGCCUUGUCCAACAUCACUGUAGAAACAUAUGCAGACUGGGGCACCUGCAUCGCAACAGCCUGCGAGAGUAGAGACCCUCGCAAACUUCACUGGCUGUUUGAGAUGCUCAUGGAGUCUCCAGUCAAUGGGGAGGGCGGCUCAUUUGUUGAUGCUUGUCGACUCUACGUGCUGCAGGGAGGCCUCGCUCAGCAGGAGUGGCGUGUGCCAGAGCUCCUCCACAGAUUGUUGCAGUACCUGGAGCCCAAACUGACUCAGGUUUACAAGAAUGUACGAGAGCGGAUUGGGAGCGUGCUGACCUACAUCUUCAUGAUAGAUGUCAACCUGCCUUACACUCAGCCAACCACCUCACCUCGCAUCUCGGACUUCACCGAUAGAAUUUUAUUACAAUUAAAGCCACUCACCGAGGGUGAUGAGGAGAUCCAGAACCAUGUGGUUGAGGAGAAUGAAGUGGGGGAGCAGGAUGAGAGAACACAAGCGAUCAAACUCCUCAAAACAGUGUUAAAGUGGCUAAUUGCAAGUGCCGGCCGCUCCUACUCUACUGCUGUCCCGGACCAUCUGCGCUUGUUGCCUCUACUCUUCAAGAUUGCUCCAGUUGAGAAUGAUGACAGUUAUGAUGAGCUAAAGAGGGAUGCAAAGACCUGCUUGUCUCUCAUGUCCCAGGGGCUUCUUUACACAGAGCAGAUCCCCAUGGUGCUCAAUGCCCUGCAAGAGAUUGCAGGCAGCAGCUCCUGGCACGCACGCUACACAGUGCUGACGUACCUCCAGAUCAUGGCCUUUUACAACCUCUUCACCUUCAUGAGUGACCAGAAAGCAGUGAAUGACGUACGGGCACUGGUUAUAAGACUGCUGGAGGAUGAGCAGCUGGAGGUGAGAGAAAUGGCUGCCACCACACUCAGUGGCUUCCUCCAGUGCAAUUUCUUGCACAUGGAUGCCCCCAUGCAAGCUCACUUUGAGGCCCUGUGCAAAACCUGCCUGCCUAAAAAGAGAAAGAGGGGUGUCGAAUCAAUAGUGGACACUAUACCCUCUGGAGACCUGGUGCGGCGCCAUGCUGGUGUUCUUGGGCUGAGCGCUUGCAUCCUCUCCAGCCCUUACGAUGUGCCCACCUGGAUGCCCCAGCUAUUAAUGGACCUCAGUGCCCACCUCAAUGAUACCCAACCCAUUGAAAUGACUGUGAAGAAAACCCUGUCCAACUUUCGGCGGACGCAUCACGACAACUGGCAGGAGCAUAAGCAGCAAUUCACAGAUGACCAGUUGUUGGUGCUUACUGACCUACUGGUGUCCCCUUGCUACUAUGCCUAAAAGCUGCCUGCAUGGAGGAGGUGGCUGCAGUCCCAAGACAUCCAGAAGUGGCACACAAAACUAUUUGAAAUGUUGUGUUAUGUCUAUGUAGCUCAUUUACAUUUCUUCUAUACUUAAUAUUUAAGGAUCAAUCAUGGCAGGGAUGAAUGACCUGCAGUGUGUAACAUUUCUGUACAGUUUUUUUGUUUUGUUUGUUUUAGUUGUUUGAUUGCGUAUGUGCACGCUUAAAAAGGUGUGGCGUGUCGGACACAUUUCUCAGGAUUACGUCCCAAGAAUCAACUCUGAGCCAACGGGCGUAGGACAUGUUGUUUUAUCAUUUUCCUCUAAUGACGCGUGUGUUUGGAAGUGUUUGUUGUGACCUGCAGAAAGUUGUCUACGGAACUCUUUGGAUUAGGCUGCCACACAAGUUUGUGUGGGUGUUUGCUCAAGAUAAGAAAGUUAGGCAUUGUGUGUUUGUGUGUACAUCGUGCUUCAGCAAAUAUGCACAGACUAUUUAUUUAUAAGUUCUUGAAGUGCUGCAUUUAUUAUUUUCCCUAGCAAGUGUUUCUGCAGAUUAAGUAGGUGGGCUUUAUUAUUGUUUUUUAUUUAUAUAAUUUUGGGGGCAAGCACUAGAGCCUAUUUUCAUCUACUGGUACUCUUGCAAAGAAAAGGGAGAGAGUGCACUCCCCAAUGCGGUGCUUUGUUUUGUGAAGACCUGAGCGAUUCAUGGUUCUCCAGUGCAUAACGCCAUCCACUAUACCAAUCCAUAAUUUCAAUGAAUCCCUGUCCUAGAAUUUGCAGAAAUAUUUUGCUCAUCACGUAUUCAUUUGACGACUUGAAGAGUCCAAACAUUGAAGCAUUUAGUACCUCACCUUUGUAUAGUGUAGUGCCAAAAUUGCAAUGACCCUAUUGUAUGAUAUUAUGUAUGAAUAAAUUGUUUAUAAAACGGUA